UAAUUGUUUCUUUGUCUUCUACAGGACCCUUUGGCGUUGGACACUGAAUUUUUUCGUUGUAAUAGUGAGAUAUCUGCUGGUGGAGAAUGCAAUACCACGGCUGACUUCUCAGACUCAGAGUUUCAAAUUUGUCAUGGCGUCGGCUGCACACCCUCGUGCAACGAUGAAAACUACGUAGCGUUGGGCGAAAAGGGAGUAAAGGAUGCGAGUAGUCCUCUGCGAGCAAGGAGGAGCGUAGAGAUAGCAGUUGGGCCAGUCCGGAACUCUGAAUUCCCGCAAACCGGGUGGACGAACAACUCACGUCUUGUCAGAACGCCGGGUGUGAAGUUGGAGUUGAUCAAA